CCCUGCCCCUCAGCGGCCCCUCGGCGCCGCCCAGCCCCGCCGCCUCCGUGCCGGCGGUGGCGGGCCGGUGGGCGCUGAGGGGAGCGGGGCCGGCAGCCAUGUCGCACGGGGCGCGGGUCAUCCGCACCGGUGUCAGCAGCGCAGGGCCGGCGUCCACAUCGCCUCCCGCCGCUUCUUCCAGCGCCUCAGCGAGCUCGGACGGGGAGCUGGUGGACGGCGCCUAUUUCCGCUCGUGUGCCGGCAUGCUGAAGGUGGCCCAGAUGAUCUCGCUGCUGGUCGCAUUCAUCAGCAUAAACAAUUCUCAGUGGACGAAUUACAGUGCAUACAGCUACUUCCAGAUUGUCGCCAUGUGCGACUUGGUUAUGGUUUUGUUCUUCUACAUCAUCCACAUUUUCAGAAUCUACAGGAUGCUCACUUGUGUCAGCUGGCCCCUUGCGGAGUUUCUUCAUUAUUUAAUUGGUACCAUUCUGCUCCUCAUUGCAUCCAUUGUAGCAGCAUCGAAGAGUUACAAUGUGACUGGCCUUGUGGCUGGAGCGACUUUUGGAUUCCUAGCUACAAUCCUUUGUGUUUUAAGCAUCUGGUCAUCCUACAAGGUUUCUUGCAUUACCCAGUCAACAAAUGCAGCUGUAUGACUCCUCCAUCUCUGCAAGAGGUCUGCCUUACGAAAUAGUAUACCAUAGAGGAGCAUCCACCAUGGAGAAGAAAGCCUGGGUAUUUCAUUAGAAGCCUGGACAGCCGGUAGCCUUUGAAGAUCUACUUGAAUUCCUAUGCAAAACAAUGUUGUGAACCAAAGCUGUUUUUUUUCUCCCCCAUCCAAAAAGUUUGCUUUCCCCCCAGAAGAAGUUUAUAAUGGAGAACCAGCUUUUUCUGAGCUUUACAGAGAAAGACUACUUGUGUCUCUCAAGCUGGGCUGCAGUCAUUGCCAGUCAUUUGCAAUAAGUACUACAAAAAAGACUAAUUUGGAGAGUUGCUUGAUUCUCCUUUCAGAGGGAUGGAAGAAUUGUUUCUAAUUUCCUCCAUCUGUUUACAGAAGGGAAAUCCUGCAAAUUCCUACCUGAUUUUUUAACUUCCAAGGAUGGUUUGUUUAACAAAGGAACUGUUACAAACUGAUCUGUGCCUGGAUAAGCUGACCCAAGUCUUUGUUACCUCUUCCUACCAGAGCCAUGGAUUUUUCUAACAGCAGCUCAGCCAGCGUCAAAAAGUACCAACUGCAAUUUGUAUAAAUUACUGCAAAUACUCUCUUCUAGCCCCAACAGCACAUGAUGACAUUCGUGGUUUUUUUGUUCACAAAUUUUAAGUUUAUUAACAAUCAAAAAUUAUUCUUAAAAGCUUCCCUCUGCCAAAUGCAGGGAAAUACCUACCCAAGAAUAAGCGUUUAAUGAUUUGCUAGGUCUUUUUCUUUCUUUUUCACAAAUACUUGGUGGAAUGGACAUUCAUAAGACUUGCUGUAUGGGAAAUUUCUGGUGAAUUUCCUAGAAAGGAAAAUACUCUCUUAGGAGGCUAAUGGUGUUUAUGGAAAGCUCAUUGUGAAUAGAGCAAUCUAUCACAAUCUGUCUAGUGCCUCUUUCUCCCUCUUUCAUGUGUUUUUUCCCUUCCUCUGCCUCUGCUGGGAUUGAUAUUUUCAGGGGUUCUGCCCAAAGCCUGGACAGAGUUUUGUCCAACCUGACAUUGUUGUGAAGCUUUAUGUAACUUUGAGGCUGGGACAAUGCUGCUACCUUCUUGGCACCUCUGCCCUUUUGCAGUCCAUCUCUGAUGAGCUGGAAACUCUUUGCAGAAAAAAGGGAAGCAUAGGCUCCUCCUCCUUGGUGCUCUUCCCUUUCACAUCUAGCUGUGAAGUAGAGCUGACACGUUUAAGUUGGUCUCUUACGUCAGGACAACUGCAUGACAGUGCAGCAGGUUUCUGCAAAAAAUAGGAUUUUUAGUUUACCAGGUCCAAUCUGGAGGAAGUGUUUUCUGGCCUGCUAUGCAUUUUUCUAUUUGUCUGAAAUUCUGCAUAAAUACUCCUAAGUAAUUUAAUGAUCUGCUUUUAGAAAAUGCUUUUUGUGCCCCUUUACAGGUUAUCAUGCAUUGCCAUUUGUUGCCACCUUAAUUUCUUCUCUCGUCCUAUCAUGUCUUUGGUUGUUUUUUGGUUUUGUUUUUUAUUCUUUAACAAAGGAAAUUGGCCAACUGCUAAAAUUCUUUAAAAAAAAUGAGAAAUUAAAUGGAAAUAACUGAGCAGAAAACUUAGAAAGGCAGAAAUCCUCCUUCUCAUGGUACACAGUUUCUGUGAUUACUACUGCUGUUCCUUUUCGUAAGUGACUUAUUCCUAACAACACAGAGCAGGAAACAAUUGGAAAGCACAGAAGUCUGCUAUAUAUGGAUGAAGAUACCUGUAUUCACUCCAAGAUAAAUUGCUUUGACAUUAAUGCGGAAGAUUAUUCAAAUAAAACUAUUCACUUUGAGUGAAAAUACCAGCAGAAGGUAGCGAUAUAAGUAUAUGAUAGGGGGGUCUCUUUUUCAUUUUGCAACAAAGGUGCCUCAUCACCUGCCAAUACUGACUUGACCACAGUUUUUGGAAAACGAUCCCCUGGCUUCAAUUUGGAUUGACAAGAUAGCUAGUUAAGGAUACAAUUUCUUCUGUUCCCCCAAAGGAAAGAGAAGUGCUCUGUUUCUGUUGGUAGCACCUUCAUCUCUUGAAAGCAGCACUCAGAUGGAUAGUAGGCACCUUCUACAAGCUUUCACCUGCCUUGGCAAUCCUGUGGGAAGGAGUCUUCAGCUAUGCGUGGUGUGAGUGCAGCUGGGCCCACAGAGCAGCGCUGGCACUGGAGAGAAGCGUCUGGGGCUGGAGGCUGGGUUUGCAGCGAAGAAAAGGCUGUUUCCAUGUUCUGCUGGGAUCGUGUCCCCUCUGCUGACACUACGUGCUCACCCGUUUUCAGCCUCCCACGGCACUCUGUCACUUGCUCCCAUGGCGUGGGGGAAGCCUUUAGGGGGAAUUUCUUGCAGUUCGACAACCAAAGAACUCUUGGAUGAUGCAGUGUGGUAGCCCAAAGAAUAUAUUUUGCUCUAAGUGCACUUGUUUAUACUGGAUCAAGGGACAUCAAGUACAAGUUUGCUUCUGGUUUUGUGCCUUUGAGGCUGGAAAACUGACAUUUCUGCUGGCACAGCUUCCUCACUACUCCCAAAUCCUUGUGAAACAUACCCACCAGGAAAAGCACAGCUUUUGGUGAAAUCACCAGCUCUACCAGCAGGUCUGUGAAUGACAGCUCUGUCUGACAAGGACUUUGGCACUUUACUACUGUAGCUCUGCCAGCAGAAGUGUUCUAACUUUCCUUCAGUGUCAACCCGGUUCUGAAAUCUCCAUCUGUCUGUUACUUUGUCAAAUUUGGGAUUCCAGCUCUUUAUCUAAAAAUAAACUGUUUGCUAUUUGGAAGAUAAAAUGGCUUUGAUAAUUG